CCUCUGUCUGCCUCUGCCCGUGUCAGGUUUUGCAGCAUUACAUAGGUUUUCUCAGCGUGUGUGAGAUUCCACUCUUAGUCUUUCUUUGCUUCCCUGUGUGUCAACACGGCUUCCACCAGAAUCAGGUUCCAGCCAGUUCAAGAGCUGAUGGCUCAUCCAUUGGCGGAAUGGAACACUGGUCUUUUUGACUGUUGUGAGGAUAUAAACUCUUGUUGCUACGGUUUCUGGUGCUGCUGCUGCCUUGCCUGCGACCUUUCAGACAAAUUUGGCGAAAACCGCUGUCUCCCAGUAUGUGACAUAUGCAGCCCUGCCAUAUUAUGUUCAUCGUGUGGAAUACCUCUGUGUGUUCCUCCUGCAGGGUUAGCUCUGAGGGUCGCCAUUCGACACAGAUAUGGCCUCGAGGGUUCACUCUGUAAGGACAUCGCCACCGCCUGCGUCUGUGUGUGGUGCAACUGGUGUCAGAUGGACCGCGAGUUAAAACAGCGCGCGCAAAACAAAACGCUCGUGGUCGACAUGCAGCCCGCUCCAGUGAGGACGGCUCCUGCAGAUCCACCUCCCAGUGGACAGUAUACAGGGAUGAUACUCGCUUCAUACUGAUUAUUCAUCCAAAGAAGACAAUCAUUACUACUAUUGUGUGUCACAUUUUAUUUAACCUCUGAAAGCAAUAGUUUCCUGUAUUGUGUCCUGUAUGUGUUGAUUUAAAAAGACUUAAGAAGGUCAGUGUAUUCAUUUUUACAUGAAAUUGUUUCUAUUUGUGAGAAAUUGUCUAAACAUUUUUUGUGCUUUUUGAGUGUACAUAAAAUCACCUGGAUUUGGGAAUUGUUGUUUUCAUUAUCCCUGAAUGAGACCUAAAUUAAGAGCAACGCGGUGUCCCCGUGUGUGCGUGGGUUUUCUCCAACAGUCCAAAAACAUGCAACAUGGUGGAUUAUAGGUGAAUUGUACACACCAAAUUGACCGUAGGUGUAAGAGUGGGUGGUUUUUUGUCUGUGUGUGACCCCUGCCUAUGUCAGCUGAGAUUGGAACAGCGCCCCCUGCAACCCUCAUGUGGAGGAUUAAGUAGGAAAAACUGAAUGGAUGAAUGGAUAUUUUAUGUUUCUGUCAUGUUAAUACACCAGUGUGUAGAAGCUCUUUAACUGAAAAGGAUAUUUUUAAUGCUAAAAUGAAUUAUUAUUGUUAUCCAUGAAUUUAAAAAUGUACUGUUUUACAAAAAGCAUUCCUGGAUCUUUCUUGUUUUUAUGACAGGUGGUCUGAUAAAUUUGUUAAGCAUUGUUCUUCAUGUACAGAGGCCACCAUGUUUUUCAGUUGCCCUCGAUGGACACACUAAGCUCUUUUUGAAAUUUAGUGAUUACUGAAAGCAACAACAAGCAAAUUCACUAACAGACGUUUCUAAAAUCCUACACAUACGUUUAAGCGAGUCUGAAAUGUGUCUGCAAAAAUGUAACUGUUAAAAUGUGUGAUUAUUCAGUGCAGGUACUGACGGAUUUUUGGUUUCUUUCUGGGUGUAUAAGCACGUUUGGCAACAGUUUAUGACAAUGCUUUUGUACAGUGGUUUUGGUAUAAUGUACAGUAUUUAACAUUAAUGUAUUUUUGCAAAAUAAACACAAAAUAGGGGAGGGUGGAGCUGGAGGGUGAUGGUGGUUGUAGUGUUUUGGAGCAACCACUUGGUGUCGCUAAAGUAUUGGGUUCUCCUAUGUUUUUGUACGUUACCUCUGAACUAAGUGCAGUAAACGUGGCUACGAGCCUUGACUAGA